UUUGGAAGGUAUAGUAUUUAAGCAGCUCCAGGGUCAUAAGAUAUGUUCUCCUGCUCUGCCUGGAAAGUCAACCAACCCACUGUAAUCCUUUGACAAGUCCACAGGAUGCUGUUGGUUUUGCUCCUUGUCUGCGUGUGGUGGCACAAUGCUCCAGGGAACGGUGAGGUGGUGACCUGUUUUGAAGACACCUGUCCCCACUUUUUCUUCAGAGGAAUCCCACCAAGCAUUGGGCUUGACCCUUCACGGCCUGCGCGGAUUUGCCAGCGUUACAAGAACCAGUACCGUUAUGCCACUCUGUACGACAAAGACAAUCGUAUCCCAGUGUACUCAGCCUACAUUUAUAACCCUGGGACAGCAAAGAGGCCAAGCACUUGGAUGAUAGAACCCCAGCUUGUUGAUUCAAUGCUCCAAAAUGAAAUGGAAACGGAAGGAGCCCUCCUAUAUGAGAGUGAUUCCAAAAAAGAAGCCCUUCAGAACAGCCAGGCCAUUUUGCACGAUUACAAGAACCUGACUGGUUUAAACCGGGGACAUUUGAACCCCAAUGGGCACCAGCCUGAUCGAGAUGCCAAGGCAUCCACCUUCACUUUGACCAACAUUGUGCCCCAAAACAUCAAGCUCAAUGGCGGCGCCUGGAACAACUAUGAGCAAACGACCAUGGCGAAGAACACGGAAGGAUGCAACGAGACAUUCGCUGUGGUGGGAGCAGUGCCAGGGAACAACUACAUAGCUGGAGGGAGGGUGAAUAAGCCCAGCUAUGUCUGGUCAGCAGCUUGUUGUGUCAUAGAUAACAAUCACCUGAGAUCCUGGGCAAUCAUUGCCAGGAAUGAUGAGAAUAUAGUCUACUCUCUUACUCUGGGGCAACUGGAGGAGAAGCUUGCUGAGUUCUAUAAUCAGAAUUACAUCUCUCUCUUUGACACUGACUGCCCCCGGGAUUGAAAACAUUAGACUCAGGGGCAUUUCAGAGGAAUCUGGAAGGUGCCAAAUGACAGACUGAAAGCUAGUCAACAGUGCUCCAUUUCAAAAAUUUAAUUGCUCUGAACAUAGAACAGAAUGAGAAAGCCAAGGGUAAAACAUAGCCAAAGUGCUGGAGGGUGGUGACUGAUGGUUGCCAUGUCAGUGGAGAAGUAAUUCUAUUCCAGAUUUAAGCUGGAAUUUUAUAUAAGUGCUUUCAUGUGCUGAACUUAUUUGGAAAUGGAGUCCAGCACUGUGGAUUGAUCUGUUAAAAUAGGUGCCUUUGCCAUGAUCCAAAAAUUCUUGACAUGUACAAAAACUUCGAUGUACCCCUGUGGCUUCUUUGCCUCAAAAGGGUUCCAUGUUAGUCAAGGGAGGUUUUCUUUUCUUUCCUUUUCUUUAAAGCAGAGAUGCCCCUCAAUGGAAAACUUGUCUUCACUGGAAUAUUCUGGCCCUGAAUUCCUCCUGAAUUCCCUCCAUUAUCUGUGAUCUCAUCACGGCAAUGAUGGGUGACUGCCUUCUCGUAUAAUCCCUGUUCAUUGCCCAUCGCUGUCACUGAGGUCACAACAAGGUAGCCAGCCAUACUGCAGAUGCUGGGCGCCUCGUUCUGAUGUCAGAUUGCUUGGGAAGGCACCCCCUCAUCAUCACUGUGGAGGGAGCCAAAAAGUUGGGGCAAAAGGUAAAGUUUUUAAAUUUGGGUUAAGAGAGGAAAGGUUAAAACAUGUGCAGAGAUCUUGAAGAGUCUGCACCCAAUUUGAGGUUUUGGCCCUGCAUCAUGCAAACAGGAUUCAACAGGUCCAGGGGGAAUUUGGAGUUAAUAACCCAUGUAGACAAGCCCUGAAUAGUCAAACGUUAUAUAGAGGAACAUGGGAUGUGUGCUAUAAUGUUUCUGGAACUCUG